AUGGAUAUACUUUUAAAUAAUCAAACUACUAAUUAUAAUGAUGAUCCUAAUCGUUUAUGGGUUGAAAUUGAUCGAGGUAUACGUUCUAAAGAAGCUCAACGACAAUUUGAGGCUAUAUUAAAAAUGCCUGGUCUAUUUAAAAAAGAAACAACAUCAACAACACUUAUAUCAGCAGCUCUUAUGAAAUUAGCAACACUUUUUCAAGAAGGAACAAAUGAAAUGCGUUUAAAUGUAACAAAAGUACUUGAUCGAAUAGCAAAUCAAUUACAAAAAUCUUCUAUGCUUGAUGAUCCUAUUAAAAUUAUUUAUUCAGUUAUGCAUAGUAAUGAUUGUAUUGCUCGAGCAAUAACAUUAAGAGCUCUUGCUAUUAUGGCACAUAUAUUAGCUGAUGAUGUUGAAGCACAUUUACAUAUUCGUCUUGCAUUAGAUUCUAAUGAUGAAAUAGAAAUAUUAGCUGCAGUAAAAGCUGCAAAAAAAUUUAUACCUUGUUCAAAAACAUUUGCUAUGUCAAUUAGUACAAAACUUGUUUCAUUAAUUGAAGAUUUAACAACACCAUUAACUAUUAAAUCUUGGCUUAUUCCAUUAUUUGAACAUAUGACACAUGAUGCAACUGUUUCUAUGAAAGGUCGUCAAUUAUUAAUAUCAUUAAUGACAAAUGAUACAACUGAAGAAUUUCUUAAAAUAGCUGUUCCAACAUUAGCUCGAUUAGCUGUUAAAAGUCAUAUUGAAAUUGGUGAAACAGUAAAAUUUUUUCUUAAAUUUCUUAAACUUGAACCACGUCAAAAUUGUCGUAAACUUAUACUUUGUCAUCUUGUUCCUAUUGCUCGAUGUGGUCCAAUUGUUUGGCUUGAUUCUACAACAGAAGAUCUUAUUACAUUUGCAAAUAAUAGUGAUGAUGAUUAUGUACGAUUACAAGUUUUACGUAUUAUUGAAGCACUUAUCAAUGGUGGUGGUUAUAUUUCUCCAACAUCUACAUCAGAUUUAAAAAAACUUCUUCAAAUGUUUACUAUACAUAAUAAUAUUCAAGUUGCAUAUCAAUGUUGUUCAACAACACUUCGAAUAAUUCUUAAAUAUCGUAAUAUAUCAAAUCUAUCUUUAGUUGAAUCAACAAAUAAUGAAUUAUUUUCAUCACAAAAUAUUCUUGACGAUUUAAUUGAACAUCUUAAUACAGCUUUAGCUGUACUUCUUACUGAAAUUAUUCAAUCAAAUAAUCUCAAAGAAUUACAAGAUACUUUAAGUUUAAUUGAACAAUCAUCAAGAGUAUAUAAUGAUAGUGCACAAAAUUUUAUACAUUUACUUUUUACAACAUGUACUAAUGUUGAAAAAUUAUUAUCCUAUUUAACAAAAUCACUUGUUCGUUUAUCAACAAAUCAUAAAGAAAUUAUUUCUAAUGAAAUAAUACAAUUACGUCAUUUAUUAGCAAAUACUUCAUUGAAUGAUGAUGUUCGAUAUAAUCUACUUGCUUUAUUUGUUCUAUCAAAUUCAAAUGAUAUUAAUGAAAUUCAUGAACAUAUUAAACAACUUUCAUCAUGGAAAUGUUUUUUACUUGCACGUUGGUGUAUAAGACAUUGUUUAUAUAAAUUAGCUAUUAAUCUAUUAGAAAUAUUACUUAAUUAUAUUCAUAUAUCUAUACAUGAAAUUUGGCUUCGUACAUUAAUUGAUAUAUGUCGUGCAGAAGAACGAUUACAAACAGCAAUGAAUUUUUCAGAAAAUAAUUUAGAAAUAUUAUGUAAUAAUCUUAUUGAAGCUGGAUCAUUUUAUGAAUCAAGUUUAAUACAAAUGCCUUUAAGAUUAUCUAUUGAUGAUAAUGAACAUUCAAUUGAUGCAAUAUUUGAUUUUGAACGUGCUUAUUGUGAUAUACGUUCAUCAAUAAUUCAUCAAUUUUAUGAACUUAUUCAUACAAUAUAUCAAUAUGAUUUAGGAAUGAUUAGUUUUGAUUUACUUGGAAAACGAAUGCUUUCUAUGAUGACUAAACGUUUUUCAACAAUUAGUUCAAAAAUUAAUGAUAUUCAACAAUCAUGUUUUGAUGGUGAUACACAAACAUUAUGGUGUUUAACAUAUAAUCGUUUUCUUUGUGAUCUUAUAUCUGCUGUUAUUGAAAAAAUUGUUCGAAAUCUUUCACUUGAUAAAAUUAUUUGGCAAAAUCGACUUAAUGAUAUGUCUUGGCGUGAUGGAUUUACUGAACAAAUGUUUAUUCGUUUUCGACAUAUUAUUGAUUUUGUAUGCACUCGAUUACAUAGUAAAAAGACAACAAAAAAGAAUAUUAAUAUAGAUGAAGAAUUAGCUAUUCUACAAUACUUAGCUAGUUCAUUGAUUAUAAUUCCACCACCAAUUCCAAGAAUGUUUUUUCAAAAAUUACAACAAACAGUUGUUAAAUUAGUUGUUUCUCCAAAUGAAAAUGAAGAUCGUCCUGUACAUGAAUCUGAUGCAUUAUUACCUGUUCAAAUUCAUGGUGAAAUUGAUGCAAUAUAUCAUCAAUUACCAUUACGUACUGUAAAACAAGUUUUUGUUGAAGUAUUAACAAGUCAAGAAAUAAAUAAAAAAACAAAAACAAAAAUUCCUAUUCUUGAUCAAAUAACAGAUGAUGAUUCAUAUCGAGAAGUUAAAGCAUCACUUUUUUCAGCUGGUUCAUCAUUUUCAAAGUUAUUAGAUAAUGAAAAUGAUCAUUAUGAAAAUGUUAUUUUAAAUGAAGAAUUAAAAGAUAAUAGAUUUCAUGCUGGUUUUAUUUUACAUCUUGGUACUGUUACACAUUAUAAUAUUCAUGUACGUGUAUCAUUUGAAGAUAAUAAUGGACAACGAUGGACGAAUGUUGCUGAAAAAACAAUUUGUAUUAAACUUAAUAAUCGACGACAAAGUCGAUCGGCAGUAGCUGCUCGUCCUAGUCUUCAACAAAUACGUUCAACUGGUGCAACAAAUUAA